AUGGCAGAUUCAUAUUCCUAUAGAGGCGGGAAAAAAAUUGCUGGAUCCAGCAAAGCCAUCGCCGACAAAGAAAGCCAUAAGACGGAGAUGAAGAUCAGCCCGACCUAUGAGCAGUCACGGCUUGGAAAUGCAAUGAACGAUAAAGCAGAAGGCAAAAAGAAAGGACGACCCAAGGCAGAAAGCCAAGCCCUGAAGGAUAUUCCCCUGUCUCUGAUGAACCAGUGGAAAGAUGAGUUCAAGGCCCACUCCAGGGUCAAAUGCCCCAACUCUGGCUGUUGGCUGGAAUUCCCCAGCAUCUACGGCCUGAAAUACCACUAUCAGCGCUGUCAAGGGGUAAGGAGAACCGAGAUGGAAUAUUACAUGUGGCCCUGGCGGAAGCUGGCGGAGAGUUCCACCAUGUCGGAGAAAGCCCUGGCUUUGGUCGAGGACAGCCAGACGUCUUUGAGAGCUGCUGAGCAUUCGCCGUCCCCCACCGUCCAUCUCAAGCAGGCCAAGGUAGAAAAGGCCGUUGCCCUCCAACACCCCGAGAACGGAGAGUGUGCAUCCACAAAGAAGGAUGGCAAAGAGUUCCAAGCUGGGAGCGGUGGGGCAGCGGCCACCCCGGCCACGCAGCUGUCCGGCGGCAGAAGUUCCAAGCAGCAGACGAGCCGGCAUGCCGUUGUUCAGGAGGAAGACCCCGAGCGGAUGAAGCACAGAAGGAAACAGAAAACUCCUAAGAAGUUUACCGGGGAGCAGCCGUCCAUCUCGGGGACGUUCGGACUGAAAGGGCUGGCCAAAGCCGAGGACAAGGCGAAAGCCCAUCGAGCGAAGAAGCUGGAGGCGGCCUUGAGCAGCAGCGCCAUGAAUAGCGAAGAGCUGAAAAGGAAACUGCCGGCAUCCAGCAUCAAAAAGGAGGCGACGCCAACAGCAGCAGCAGCAGCACCUUCCUCAACAGUGAGCCCGGAGGAGCAGUGGCAGCGGACGAUCAACGAGAAGGGGGAAGUGGCCUGUCCCACCUGCAACAUGAUCACCAGGAAGACGGUCCUCGGUCUCAAGAAGCACAUGGAAGUUUGCCAAAAGCUGCAAGACGCCUUGAAAUGUCAGCACUGUAAGAAGCAGUUCAAGUCAAAAGCAGGGUUGAAUUACCACACCAUGGCCGAGCACGUCAACAAGGGAUGCAUGGCUACCUUCUCCAGCCUCAUGGGGUACCAGUACCACCAGAAGCGGUGCGGGAAGCAGCCAUCGGAGGUGGAUAAGCCCAUCUUCACAUGCCCCCAUUGUGGGAAGAUUUACAAGUCCAAGGCUGGGCAUGAUUACCACGUGAGGUCGGAACAUCCGGCAACACCUCCUGCGCCGCCUGAAACAAAGCCAGACGUCAGCCCAGUCGAAGAUUUCGAGAGGACUCCGAGUGGCAGGAUCCGACGCACGUCUGCCCAGGUCGCCGUCUUCCAUUUGCAGGAGAUAGCCGAAGACGAGCUGGCCAGGGACUGGACCAAACGGAGGAUGAAGGACGACUUGGUUCCUGAAACAAAACGACUAAAUUACACCCGACCUGGGCUUCCGAAGUUGAACCCAAGGCUUCUGGAGACCUGGAAAAACGAAGUGAAGGAGAAAGGACACAUCAACUGCCCUAAUAACUGCUGCGCCGCCAUCUAUUCCAGCGUGUCUGGCUUAAAAGCCCACCUCGCAAACUGCAACAAGGGGGACCACUCCGUGGGAAAAUACCGAUGUCUUCUGUGUCAGAAGGAGUUUAGCUCAGAAAGCGGAGUCAAGUAUCACAUCAUUAAGACCCACUCAGAGAACUGGUUCCGGACCUCUACAGAGACUCUCCCGAAAAAGAAGAGCAAAGAACAGACCGUUCCCAACGGGGAAGAGCAAAAGAAAAUCACAGACGGGAAGAAAAGGGGCCGAAAGCCAAAGGAAAGACCCCCGGAAGCUUCCUCCAAAGGCAAAGAGAGCACAGCAGAAAUGACUAACCAUAAGAAAACGACAGGGUUGUGGGAGAUGGCGGACGGCGACCCUGAUGGGAGAGAGUCCAGCAGCAAGCCCCCGCAAAGCAAGAAGGGGGGAGCCAGCAAGAUGCCUGAAAAAUAAGGAACGACUCUCUGAUUCUUCGUUUACAGCCCAGGGUAUCGGGGCGAGGGUCGCUCCGGGUUUGCCCUCAGCCCCUCCAUUCAUCCCUUUUUUCAACGGGGAAAAAACCACUUUAAGGUACAAUAAUGGACGUUUGUUUCACACUGGAAGAGGAAAAGAAAACACACACACACACCUACCCAGGAUGGUCGAUUCUGUUCCUCCAUCGAAAUCCCCCCUCCCCUCGAUGAAUUGUAUAUACAUUUGCACUUAUGGACACCUGUGGAUCGCGCGCUGCAUCCACGGAUGUGUAGGAUGAUAACGGCUGCCGGCGGGAUC